CAGCGUUUGUGUGUUUUGGUGGUAAGGGAGGGUGAGCUGUGGCUUGCGCCGUUGGAGCCCAUGCCUGGAGCCGAUGCUCGGAGCCAAUGCUCGUGAAGUGCUAGUGGCCACAGGCAUGCUUUUGUUGUCCUGCUGCCGGCGACGGGCAGCCAUGGCAGCGUCGCCAGACAUAGGAUCUGCGCCAGAGCUCCCCGUCAGCUGCCAAAGCCAAGCAGCGAGAGGAGACGGCUGGGUGACAUACCUACUCGUUUCUCCGACCCGAUCCUCGAUCACCGGCUUUGCACGACAGCAUGACCUGGACAACAUCAUACGCUGGCACAACGGCAGGGACUUCGACUCAUUGCCUGCGCCACCACAGACCCAGAUUUUGAGGCCUUGGCGCCUGGCCGAGCUGGUGCAACAGGCCAGCGAGGCGCAGGCGCGUGAGGCCGCCUGGCAGGUGAGCGGCCAGAGCGGGUUCCGGGCGCGGCUGGCGGCCUUGCGCAACGGGAAGGCGGUGAAGGCGUCCACUUCAGAGGCUUUGCCUCUGGACAAAGCUUUGGAUGCCUUGACCUAUGUGGAGGUAGAGUUUAGCCACCCUGAUGACCAGACGCGCCGGAAGAAAGUCUUGGCGCUAGUGGAUACCGGAUGCAACGACUGCGAUCUCAAGGGCUCCAUCAUUGAUGAGCUAAAGCUUUCGAAAGCACGAAGAGGUGGCACAUCAGUGGAGACGGCGGCAAAUCGCAUCGUGGAGAUCCCGAUUUUCAAGGCCACCCUGCACGUGCAGGGCCACCAGGCAUCAGUGGAAGUGAGCCCGGCUGAUGAGGAUUAUUCGGCCAUUGGAGGCGGAGUGGCGACAGAGGAUGAUGUGGACAAGGAGUUCGAUUUUAGUAGCAGCAGUGACGAAGCGGUGAUUGGGGCUGAUGCGCUGGCAUCGCUGGGGCUGCUGGUCGACUGCAAGACUCGGCAAUUGCUCCCCGCUGACAGGCGUGAGCUGCUUUGGGUGGAGAGCUUGCCCCGGGUCUCCCGCAGCCACUGCAUUCACGUGCAAGUUGGCGUUCGGAAUCCGGAUGUGGACGGCAAGAGUCAGGAAGUGCGUGUGAAGGCUCUAGUCGACACUGGAUCAACUGAUGUCGACCUACAUAAGUCCAAGAUCAAAGCCUUGAACUUGGAAGUGGAUGAGUCUGAACUCCCAGCUCUGUUUGAAACGGCUGGAGGUGUGACCACAUCAGCUCCCAUUUACUGGGCAGUUGUACGACUGCGGGACAGAGAGGCACGCGUUCGCCUUAGCCCCUCAUCGCCACAUGGGGAUGAGAGUGAUGAAAGUGAGGAUGACGCUUCGGAGAGCAGUGAUGAAGAUGAUGAAGAAGCUUUGCUUGGCCAUGAUGCCUUGGCCGCCUUGGGGCUUUUGGUGGACUGCAAAAGCCGACGGCUGCUGCUGGCGGAGAAUGUGCCGGUGACUGACAUGCAGCAACAUGGUGGGGUGUUUGUGCAGAAGCGUCGCCGUCGGGAAGAGAACGGAGAUGCGUGAG